AUGGACACCCGGACCCCGGCCGCCGCCCAGGGUAGGGCCCUCUGGGCUCUCCUCCUGGCCACACUUGGCACCGCAGCCGGCCAGCCGCUGCGGGGAGACUCCGUGUGCACGGCCCGGCCCCUGGCCAAGUACCGCAUCACCUUCACGGGCAAGUGGAGCCAGACGGCCUUUCCUAAGCAGUACCCACUGUUCCGGCCGCCCGCACAAUGGUCUUCCCUGCUGGGGGCAGCGCACAGCGCCGACUACAGCAUGUGGCGGGAGGACCAGUACGCCAGCAACGGGCUGCGGGACUUCGCGGAGCGGGGCGAGGCCUGGGCCCUGAUGCGGGAGAUCGAGGCGGCCGGCGAGAAGCUGCAGAGCGUGCACGAGGUGUUCUCGGCACCCGCCGUGCCCAGCGGCAUGGGGCACACCUCCACGGAGUUCGAGGUGCACGCCCGGCACUCACUGGUGUCCUUUGUGGUCCGGAUUGUCCCCAGCCCCGACUGGUUUGUGGGCGUCGACAGCCUGGACCUGUGUGAUGGGAACCGCUGGAGGGAGCAGGUCUCCGUGGACCUUUCCCCACAUGACGCGGGGACAGACAGCGGCUUCACCUUCUCCUCCCCCAACUUCGCGACCAUUCCGCAGGACACAGUGACCGAGAUCACCUCCUCCUCUCCCAGCCACCCGGCAAACUCCUUCUACUACCCGCGGCUGAAGGCCCUGCCCCCCAUCGCCAGGGUGACCCUGGUGCGUCUCCGGCAGAGCCCCAGGGCCUUCGUGCCUCCCGCCAUAGACCUGGCCGGCAGGGGCAACGAGAUCGGGGACGGCCUCUCGGCUCCAGAGACGCCGCUGGACUGCGAGGUCUCCCUCUGGUCAUCCUGGGGGCUGUGCGAGGGCCUGUGCGGGAAGAGGGGAGCCAGGAUCCGGACGCGCUAUGUCCGCGUGCAGCCCGCCAACCACGGGGCACCCUGCCCCGCGCUGCAAGAGGAGGCCCAGUGCGUCCCUGACAACUGUGUGUGA